AUGCUCCGCCGCGGCGCGCUCGCGACCGACCUCCAAGCGGCCGCGCUCGAAUACGUCGGCACGACGACGUUCCUCCUCCUCUUCUUCGGCGCCAUCCAGGCCGUCUCGGUCCAAGACCCGAACGUGGCCUCCUCGCCUAUCGUCGAGACGCAGCUUUACAUCGCCACCUCAGGCGGCAUCUCCCUCCUCAUCUCCGCCUGGCUCUUCUUCCGCGUCACUGGCGCGAUCUUCAACCCCAACGUCGCGCUCGCGCUCGUGCUCUGCAAGAUCAUCAGCCCCAUCCGAUUCGUGCUGUUUUGCAUCGCGCAGCUGCUCGGCGGGAUCACCGCUGCGGCGUUGAUUCUCGCGUUGACCUCAGGGGCCACGUCUUCGAACACCACGCUCGGACCGAAUAUCAACUCUGCCCAGGGCGUAUUCAUCGAGAUGUUCAUCACGGCCGCGCUCUGCCUCGCCGUGCUCAUGCUCGCCGCCGAAAAGCACAUUGCGACCCCCUUUGCACCGGUCGGCAUCGGCCUCACCCUGUUCGCGGGCUUGCUAUUCGCGAUACCAUACACGGGCGGAUCGAUGAACGCGGCGCGUUCCUUCGGACCCGCCGUCGUUUCAGGCUUCCCGCACGGGAACCACUGGAUCUACUGGGUCGGCCCCGGUCUCGGAUCCCUCCUCGCCGUCGCCAUCUACUGGGUAUUAAAAUAG